UGGUCGCCUCUGGUAGAGGCACUCGUCUCGGCGUACUACGAUGUAACGGACAGUCUGGCUUAUUUUCUUUGUCGCCGAGUACCUGACCACAAAGCUGCUCUGCUUGGCACACAACCAACAGGAUCGGCGACGCGUGGCGCUGGCGUCUCUCAAAGGUGUUCUGAUGUUCAGCCCCAAUAUCAGCAUCCGAUUAAUGGACACUUCCUCAUAUCCACCAGAGUUAUUUCAAACGACAUGGGACAGGGGUCAGGAGUUACUGCUGCCACCACUCAAUCAGGCAACGACUGGAUGCCGGAAGCAAGGCGACGGCUAAAGAACCUCAACAGCCUAGCCUUUGAGGAUCUCUGCAUCGACGUUUACGACGAAGCUGAGCGUCGUCUGACCAAUUCCAUUCUGGAGACCCUUGAUCAACCAAACGAGACAUCACAAACCGGCAGAGAAAACGGUCACUUUUCUAGCAAAAGUGGUUCCACGGAGCCCAGCGCGGCUUUAGUCCGCUCGCUCAUGCUUUACUUUUUGCCUCCCAAUACUGUUUAUUCUUCGAUUCGCAACCAAGCCCGUCAAAAGCUAGGACGUCUCUCAGCGCUAGAAUUCCACACCCUCGUUAUCGAUAUUCUCACUGAGGCUGCGGCUCGCCUAAUGCCACUCUUUCCACCAAGGCCGGAGACCUUGGUUAUAGGUUCGCAACUACCUCCACCACUCGCCUGUCGUUUGCCCUCGCCAUGCAUCCAACGCUCUCCAAACUCGAGUUCUGAGGCUCCUAAUGCCAACUCUGUUUCAACUGCCAUAAACAAUUCGGGGCCUUUGAAACAGCAUGAUCUGCCCGCUACUUCCUUAACUGUCGAAAAUAACAGCUCUUCUCAUCCCAACAAUAAUACCCACCCUGACUCUCAGAUUCGACAUCACCAGCUUUCGGACUCAUCUCAGAAACAAAAACCGCAGUCCCCCAAAUCGCUAUCUUUGCCCUCUUCGCCCUCUUCACAUUCGUCACCCUCAACGCCCACUUCAUCCUCUCCUUCUCUCCAAAUGGCGGUCGGGGGACCGGAAAGCUCGAGAGUUGAACGUCAUCGUGUUAUCACACCACCGCCCUCAUCCUUUAGUAAUGCCAUACGAACUUUGAGCAUGGAAGGCACCUCUCCUGGCCUCUCUUUGCGUCGUGGAAGCGCGGAUAGCCUCUCGAAUCCAGGAAUUAAGUCUGGUGGUGUCGGUGGACAUCGUCUAGGUCUCUUUAACCGUAUUUAUGAUGAUCCAGUAUAUGAUCAGGUUCUAUUCAAAGCAUCUUAUCAAUACAUCCUUACCUAUUUUUGA